GCUCCCACUUCUUCAAAGGCACCAGCUGACUCCGUGAUCAGAACAGCAUGGUGUAGAGUCUUUGGCAUCCUCUCUUUCUACUGUUAUCAGUGUCACAAAUGCCGGUUUACUUGCUCAUCAUAGACGUCGUUGACGACGAUAGCUCCUGCUCAGAACGCCCCGACUGUCUAUACACGAGUCCCUUCCCAACACCUCAAAGCGAAUAUAACUUUCCACCCGCACAACUACUUCCUACACUACCAUGAUGGCAUCCAACAUCCUCGCUCGGCUUCUGCCUGCGAAUCCCUCGGGACGAUCAAUAUACGACGACCUUCGAGCCCACGACGAGGGGUCAGAGUCGGAUUUAGAAGAACAUGCCGGUAUGGCUGUAGAUGAAGAGAACCUAAAUUUCCGCGAUGAAGAAUUGGGAAAUGCGGAUGUCUUUAAUGGAGAGGAAAGUCGCAUUACAACGGAAAGCACAGCAUUCCUGCAAACCGAACAAAGUAGACCGCGAGGAGAGAAGGUGGGAGGAAAGUCACGAACUGGCCGUUCGAAAUGGGUUGCCCAGUCUCCCAGGCUUCUAGAAGAAGAAGGAGAUGACGAUGUCCCAGCAUCUCUUUUAAUUGAAGGGAACGAUAUGCCUGGGCCUAGCACAACCCAUCCACCAAGGCCUCGAGUAGGGAAGCAUCCGAGGAGACAACCUCCAGUCCCUGGCCCUGCGAGCAGAGAGAAUCGUGCACAUUGGGAGGCAGCCCAAGCACAGCAAAGGCUACAUCAAGAGGAUAAUAUUGGAGGACCACAACCUGUUCGUCGAAAUGCUGGCCCGCUGGUAAGUAGUGCAAGAGAGAAGGCGUUGUGGCGAUGGGUCAACGUUACCAAUCUGGACAAUUUUAUCAAAGAGGUCUACGACUACUACAGCGGGGCUGGAAUCUGGACUAUCGUGCUUUCGAGGGCUUUGAAUCUGGCUCAGAUUAUCUUUGUCGCUGUGUGCGUCACAUUUCUCACCCAGUGUAUCGAUUGGCCAGCAAUACCUAGAUCCAAAAGGUUAUCAGAAGUCGUUGUACCUCAAUGCACACAGAAAAUCUCUGGCAUGCCAAAUGUUGCUAUUUGGUUGUUCACCCUACAUGUGUUCUGGAGAAUAUAUCAACUUCUGGUCGAGAUUCCCCACUUAUUGCGUAUUCGAGACUUUUAUCUUCAUUUACUCGAGAUUCCAGAAAGCGAUAUGCAAACAAUCUCAUGGCAAGAUGUGGUUGCUAGCAUAAUGGCGCUGAGAGAUGCCAACCCAGUAACAGUAGAGCGAAUAUCACCUGCAAACAGAAGAUACCUAGGAAGCCAAUCGAAACAGAGGCUAGAUGCUCACGACAUUGCAAAUCGACUGAUGCGCAGAGAAAACUAUAUGAUCGCACUUUUCAACAAAGACAUACUAGACUUGAAGUUGAACCUCCCUUUCUUGCACGGUCGACAGUUUUUCUCCAAGGCUUUGCUGUGGAAUAUGGACUGGUGCAUCAUGGAUCUGAUAUUCAAUGAGCAUGGGCAAGUCAGGCAACUGAUAUUGAAAGACUCGCAUCGACGGCAGCUUAGUGACGCCCUUCGAGAUCGGUUCCUAUUUGCUGGCUUUAUGAACGUCCUCUUAGCUCCUGUCAUAAUCGUGUAUUUGUUGGUUUCGUACUUCUUCAAAUACUUUUCCGAAUACCAAAAGAAUCCUGCAGCAAUUGGAUCCCGGCGGUAUACGCCUUUAGCAGAAUGGAAGUUUCGAGAAUUCAACGAGCUGCACCAUCUAUUCGAAAAGAGGCUGAAUAUGUCUUACCCAUUCGCUUCAAGAUAUCUUGACCAGUUUCCGAAGCAGAAGACCGCACUAGUUGCGAAAUUUGUUGCCUUUGUAUCAGGCGCCAUCGUCGCUGUCAUUGCUGUCGCCACACUAUGGGACUCGGAAUUCUUUCUCGGCUUUGAGAUCAUCCAAGACAGAAAUGCCUUGUUUUUCGCUACGAUUGCCACUUUUGUUUGGGCUACCGCGAAUGGUAUGAUACCAGAAGAAAACCUAGUAUUCGAGCCGGAAUACGCCUUAAGGCAAGUUAUCGAGUAUACACAUUAUAUGCCUACACUUUGGCAAAAUAGACUUCACAGUGAUGAAGUCAAACAAGAAUUUGCCACUCUCUACCAAAUGAAGCUUGUCAUCUUCUUAGAAGAGGUCUUGAGCAUCAUCGUCACGCCUUUCAUUCUUUGGUUCAGCUUGCCAAAAUGCAGCGACCAAAUAAUCGACUUCUUCCGCGAAUUCACCAUUCACGUUGACGGCGUCGGAUACGUUUGUUCUUUCGCCGUCUUCGACUUCAAGAAGGGUGAUGGCAGGAAAGUUUUGCAUGGAGGAGGCAACGCUGAUGCUCGAGACGAGUAUUACUCUACCAAGCAUGGCAAAAUGGCUGCCUCUUACUAUGGAUUCUUGGAUAACUACCUCCUGAAUCCAAAGACUGCAGUACAGGGUCAUGUUCCACCGGGUGGCAUGCGUCACCCGUACCAACCACCGCCAUCGUUCCCAGGCAUGAUGUCUCCAACUCUUGGAGCAGAGAUGCAGAGUUCAAGAAUGGGUCGAAGUGAGCGUAGACCUGGUAGUAGAGCACCAGGCAAUAUGCCACCGCGAACACCACGUUACCCACCGACUGGAACGCACGGCUCUCCUCUACAGUCCAUGCUCUUGGACCCCCAUCAUCAACCCUCAAGUUCUGGAUUUGGAGCUCGCAGUGUGAACAGAACUUCGAGGUCGAAAUACCAGGUUCGGCAGAACAUUAUGGAAGAACCCAUCGAAGACGAGGAUGAAUCGGUUGUAGGUACUGCUGCAAGGAGAAGUGGCAAGUCGGACGAACGUAGAGAGCCAUACGAAAGCAUGAUCGGGGCGCUAGGAAUGGAAGAAUCGAGAUGGGAGACUUCUGCUGGUGCAAAGGACACGGAAGAAGAUGAGACGGAUAAGGAGGCUGCAGGCGGAGGCGGAGUAUUAGGAUUGCUGUAUCAAUUUCAGAAGGCGCAGACGGAUGGGAGACCAGGAGUCAAUAUCUGAUUUUAGCGUGGGUUGUUAUAGGUUUGGUUGGCUAGCAUGGGCGAUAUCGUAUAUGCAUAUUUUGGCAUUGGCUUCGGGGCUGGGAUUUGGGAGUUCUGGUUUGGGUUAUACAUACACAUAUACAGUGAGAAGAGCAUUUGACUUGAUGUGGGGCAUGGUGUCCUAUUCAGAUAAACUUGAAAUCAGC